UCUCCCGUACACAGCGCACCCAAGAACGGGAGGAACAUGUUUAGUCACCCAGCCCCAGUAGUGGUCCCCUUGUGGUGUGGUGUGUCUUCUCUGGCGGUUUCUGACCGCCUCAAUCCGUCCGUGCAUACACCCGCCUGUUCGUCCGUGGCCUGGUCUGAGCCGGGAAGCAUUCGCGUAUAAAAGCGACCCGUCGGGAUGAAUAAGAAUUAGUCUUACGUUGUCCGUUACCAUCGUCGCGAGAACCAGAAAUCGAAGGAAAGUGCGUGUCGUGAAGUGAAGAGUGCCAAUUGACUGUCUGCAACUUCUUCUGUUGAACGCUGUUUAUUUCAUCAAGUGGCCCAUUGCAGAACUGGAAUAUCCAACUGAAGGAGUGAAUAGCAGCGGGGAAGCGGAAAGGAAAUGACCAACGUCUGGAUUACCUACUUUGGAUUACAGUGAAAUAAAAAUUUUCAAUGAUCGUCGACAGACAGGAUGACUAAACGAAGGUUCUUAAGUCCGCCACUUGUUGUCCUUGCUGUUUGUUGGGCAUCGUCAAGCUUGAGUGCCUAUAGGAAUGUCCAGCCGGAAGCCGUCACCUUUCUACGAGAUAGUGUCGAAGCGAUCCCUCCGCGAGUUUAUGAGAAAACCGCAGCCUACACAGUGGAUGAUGUCUUUGGUACAAAAUCUCUUCCUCUGAGAAAUGCUGUCGAAAGUGCACCAGUCAAUCUGGUCGAUGAACGUCUACCUCUACGAGAUGCUGUCGAGUUUCGUAUUGUCGACAUGGAUAAUGCGAUCGAAGAUGUUGUUAGUGAGGUAAAAUCAGUUGUUACCUCGGAACACCAACGAGUGAAAUCGGCGGAAACAAUUGAUUACCGGGCUCCACAAAGCCCAAUCUUCCAGAAUAAAUAUGCUGCCUAUUCGUUCCCAAUGCACUAUGAUACGAAAAAUCCUCAACCGUUCAGAUAUGGAUCGCCGUAUCAGCAACUGGUAGAUAUCAACACAUUGAAACAGAUUCCCACGCUCGAAUACAAUCAGUAUAAUCAGUAUGAAAAGUUGCAAAAACUUGAUAGCUUGAAGCAAAGCGCCAGUGACUAUAAAGUUAUCUGCCAUAUCACUAACUGGGCUUUCUAUCGGAAGAACGAUGCACAAUUCGUUCCUGAGCAUAUCGACAACAAACUGUGCACGCAUAUUAUCUACUCGUUUGCUACUCUAGAUCCAGUCAGCCUAAUGAUGAAGGAGUUUGACUCGUGGGCAGACAUCGAAAACAAUCUCUAUGCUAGAACUAUUAGUUCCAGUGGUUCUGUUCCAGUCCUGUUGGGAAUCGGUGGGUGGACCGACUCGGUUGGAAAUAAAUACUCCUCGAUGGUUAGUUCCCCAACAAACCGUAGGAACUUCAUUGCAAAUGCCAUGGUUUUCCUCAAGACGCAUGGAUUUUCCGGGUUGCAUUUCGAUUGGAACUAUCCAGUGUGUUGGCAGAGUGAUUGUUCCAAAGGUCCCUCCAGUGAUAGGCCAAAUUUAACCAAACUUAUAAUGGAAAUGCAGCGAGAAUUUUCCAAAGAAAAUCUUCUGGUCACAAUGAGUAUUUCGGGAUACAAAGAAGUAAUUACGGAGGCCUACGACUUGGCUCAACUGUCCAAUGUAGUGGAUUUCAUGACUGUAAUGACUUACGAUUAUCAUGGAUCGUGGGAACCGCAAACGGGUCACGUGAGUCCUUUGUAUGGUAAUGCCGGUGAUAAGUACCCGCAGUAUAACGUGGACUAUACCAUGCAAUUACUUUCGAAGAUGGGUGCUCGAAAGGAUAAACUUAUUAUGGGAGUUCCUAUGUAUGGCCAAACGUUCAUGUUAACGCGUAGUAGAGAUAAAAUAGAAAUACCUGGCAUUGGAACGCAAGCUUCUGGUCCAGGUUAUGCUGGAGAAGAUACCAGACAGCCAGGUAUGUUGGCGUAUUAUGAAGUUUGUUACCGAGUACGCAAGCAAAAGUGGACUGUUGGGCGUGAAUCUUCAAUGUCUGGACCGUUUGCCACCUUGAAAGAUCAAUGGGUAGGAUACGAUGACCCAAUUUCCGUGACAGCUAAGGCUAAAUAUGUCAUGAAAUCUGGAUAUGGUGGAAUUGCUGCAUGGACAAUUGACUUGGACGACUUCCAGAACAAGUGUUGCGAAGAAAGGUAUCCUGUCUUGAGUGCUAUUAAUCGAGCACUUGGUCGAUUGAGAACUCCUCAGCCUACAGUUGUGGACUGCACGCGUCCAAUGCAGCCAGUGACUCCACCUCCUGCUGAAAUGACGGUUAGUGUCGAUACUGGAGGAGCAGGAAUUGCCACAACUGGCACUACGUGGCCUUCAUGGCAAGAACCUACAACUACAACAAUGACCACCACAACGACCACACGUAGAACUACUACGUCUACAACCACGACAACAGAGAAACCAACCACUACCACAACUAGACGCACUACCCGUAGCACUACAACCACUCGUAGACCAACUACAACCACAACGUAUGCGCCACCGACAACUACUGUAGGAACAACUAUUCCUGCUCCAGGACUCGUUCAACCAGAAUUAACAGAAGGUGAGCCGUGUGAACCAAACCAGUACAAAGCUCAUCCUUACAGUUGCAAUUCGUACUAUCGUUGCGUCUACGGUGAGUUCAAACAGCAGUACUGCGCCGGCGGUCUCCAUUGGAACGAAGCAGCCAAUCUUUGCGAUUGGCCAGCAUCUGCCAAAUGUGCUAAGGAUACAGCUGCUCAACCUCCUGUAGCGGAUACGCCCACAACCACCACAAAGGCACCAGCAACUACGACACGUAGAAGAACUACAACUACACCUUAUACCACUCAAUCUCCUUGGUGGUGGACAACGGCGUCUACUGUAGGCAGUACACCUCCAAAAGCCACACGACCAUCGAAGAAGCCAGUCACCACAACCAAGAAACCUGUACAACGGCCAGUCGACAAGUGUGUCAAUGGAGAGUACUAUCCACAUAAGAGUUGCGAUAGCUUUUACAUCUGCGUGAAUGAAAAGAAGAUCGCCCAACAGUGCGGCCCUGGUUUGUUCUGGAACGAGGCAGAGAAGAGCUGUGACUGGGAAGAUAACGUAAACUGUGUUAGCCGUGCGCAAUACUACAAAUUGUUGACCAAGAACUCUAAACUGGCUGCAUUAAAAGUCUUGUCGGAAGAUGAUCCCUGCGAUGGACAUACUCAUGUGCCGUAUCCUGGAGACUGUUCGCAGUAUCUGGUUUGUAACUGGGGACGUCUCGAAGCAGCCAGCUGUGCCGAUGGACUUCACUGGAACCAAGUUCGAAUGAUCUGUGAUUGGCCUGCAAAUGCUAAAUGCACUCAGUUGGGUAGCACCGAAAACAGUUCUGAAGAAGGAGGUGAAACGAUUGUGGAAGAAGGCCAAGACAUUGAUGGUCCGCAUCAUAAGCCAACUAGUGCGACUACAACAACCACUACAACUACUACGACAACUCCAGUGCCUAACCUUGAGCCGUUAUCCGGAUAUUACAAAAUGGUCUGCUAUUUCACUAACUGGGCUUGGUACCGGAAAGGAUACGGCAAAUACACUCCUGACCAUAUCAGAACAGACCUGUGUACGCAUAUCGUGUAUGGAUUUGCUGUGCUAGACUACUCUUCACUGACGAUCAAAACUCAUGAUUCAUGGGCUGAUAUCGAUAAUAACUUUUACACUCGUGUGGUUGAGGCAAAAAAUAAGGGAGUCAAAGUAACGCUGGCUAUCGGUGGAUGGAACGAUUCGGCGGGUGAUAAGUAUAGCCGAUUGGUUCGCAGCGCUGCUGCUAGGGCCAAGUUCAUCGAGCAUGUGAUAGGUUUCCUUGAAAAAUACGGUUUCGAAGGUUUGGAUUUGGAUUGGGAAUACCCUGUAUGCUGGCAGGUAGACUGCAAAAAGGGUUUCGCCGAUGAGAAAGAAGGUUUCGCUAGCUUAGUUCGGGAACUGUCAGCGGCAUUAAAACCUCGUGGUUGGCUGUUAUCUGCUGCUGUGUCUCCGAGCAAGACAGUGAUAGAUGCUGGAUACGAUGUUCCCGCUUUGGCUAGGUACUUCGAUUGGAUCGCUGUAAUGACGUAUGACUUCCAUGGUCAAUGGGACAAGAAAACCGGUCAUGUCGCACCUCUUUAUUAUCAUCCGGAAGACGAGAUCGACUUCUUCAAUGCGAAUUACUCAAUCAAUUACUGGAUGGAACUGGGAGCUCCGUCGAGAAAAUUGGUUAUGGGAAUGCCUUUGUAUGGUCAGUCAUUCACUCUCGCUGACCAGAAGAAUAACGGAUUGAAUGCGAAGGCCCCUAGUGCUGGACAAGCAGGAGAGUUCACCAGAGCUGCUGGAUUCCUUGCCUAUUACGAGAUUUGCGAUCGUAUUCAGAACAAGGGAUGGACUGUAAUCCAAGACGAUCUGAAGCGGAUGGGCCCAUACGCGUACAAGGGAAAUCAAUGGGUGUCUUUCGACGACAAGGAAGCUCUGCUGCGGAAGGUUCAGUUUAUUCGAGCAAUGAAUCUAGGAGGUGGUAUGAUUUGGGCUCUUGACCUAGACGAUUUUAAAAACCGCUGUGGUCAUGGCCAUCAUCCUCUGCUGACAGCCAUUCGAGAAGGGCUGAGAGAUGCCCCCAAUGGAGUAGAGACCAUUCCUGCAACAGUUCCCGAACCAAGCAAAGAAGAUGAACAUCAAGAAACAAAUAGUGUAGAAACCCAUCAGGGAAAUACCGCAGCACAGGUCGAGGUCAUCAAUAAGGAAACAUCGAAUCAGGACGAGAACGCGAUUGAACCCGAUGCAGACUACAAAGUCGUGUGCUAUUUUACCAAUUGGGCUUGGUACCGUCAGGGUAAUGGAAAGUAUCUACCGGAAGACAUCGAUGCCGAUUUGUGUACUCACAUAGUUUAUGGAUUUGCGGUAUUGGAUCGCGAUCGGCUGGUUAUUAAACCGCACGACUCGUGGGCAGACAUUGACAACAGGUUCUAUGAACGAGUUGUCGAAUACAAGAAGAAGGGAAAGAAGGUGACCGUUGCCAUCGGUGGAUGGAAUGAUUCUGCUGGGGACAAGUACAGUAGGUUGGUACGUAGUGCUGCCGCACGACAGAAAUUUAUUGCGGACGUGAUAGCCUUUAUCGAAAAGUAUGGUUUCGAUGGGUUGGACUUAGACUGGGAGUACCCGGUAUGCUGGCAGGUUGACUGUAAGAAGGGCUUCGCCGAUGAAAAGGAAGGUUUUGCAAGCCUUGUUGUAGAACUCUCUCAGGCGUUCAAACCUAAAGGAUUGCUGUUAUCAUCCGCGGUGUCUCCGAGUAAAAAAGUUGUUGAUGAAGGAUACGAUGUAGUAACACUUUCCGAUUACAUGGAUUGGAUCGCUGUUAUGGCUUAUGAUUACCACGGUCAAUGGGACAAAAAGACUGGUCACGUGGCCCCCAUGUAUGAACACCCGGAUGACUUUGACAAAACGUUCAAUGCUAACUUCACUAUUCACUACUGGAUAGAGAAGGGUGCUGAUCCACGAAAACUUGUAAUGGGAAUGCCGAUGUAUGGUCAGUCAUUCUCAUUGGCCGAUAACAAUGAGCAUGGCUUGAAUGCAAAAACGUAUGGUGGUGGCGAAGCAGGAGAAUCAACUCGUGCCAGAGGAUUCCUUUCUUACUAUGAGAUUUGCGCCAACAUUCGAAAUAAAAAAUGGACCGUUGUUCGAGACAGAAAAGGACGAAUGGGUCCCUACGCAUACAAAGGAGAUCAAUGGGUAUCCUUCGAUGAUCAAUACAUGAUUCGACACAAGAGCGAAUACGUAAAAGCUAUGGGACUUGGUGGUGCAAUGAUCUGGGCUCUAGAUCUCGAUGAUUUCCGUAAUUUAUGUGACUGUGAAGAGUACCCACUACUGAGGACAAUCAAUAGAGUGCUGAGAAACUAUCCAGGACCCGGACCAAGAUGUGUCCUGGAAAAAGAACCCCAACGCGAAGAGCCACGACCCACACGACCUCCGACUACUCCAGAAACCACUAGACGGCCAUCUACCACCACUACGACAAGACGUACUACAACAAGUACUACUACUACUACUACUACUACUAUGCGUCCAACAACCACAACGAAACGAAGAACAUCCGCUAGACCUACGUAUACUACCACAAAUGCUCCAUCGUAUCAGGAAGUCGCUAAUGAAGUAGACGAACCAACCUGUACGGAUGGGCGACUUUUUGUUCCACAUCCUUCCGAUUGCAACAAAUAUUACAUUUGUCAAUAUGGCAAGCUGUAUGAGCAAAAAUGCCCUGGUGGUCUAUAUUGGAACGAGGAUCAUUGCGAUUGGCCUCAAACCACCAAAUGUCGCAAUAAGCAAACGGAAACUGUAGCAACUACCAAAAAGCCAUCAUAUACGACAACUCAACGGAUAACAACUACAACGCGUCCACCGAAACGAACUACAGAAAGGACCACUACCGCAGGAUGGAAACCGGAGUCAACCACAACCACAAGUUGGUGGUCACCCGAAUCGUCCAGCAUGGUUUGGUGGUCUCCAGACACCACAAGCAAACGACCAACUCGACCUCCUGUCGUGCAUACCGACGUCCAAACAACUGGCAACAAUGACUUCAAAGUCGUCUGUUACUUCACCAAUUGGGCGUGGUAUCGACAGGGUGAUGGAAAGUACACUCCAGAUGACAUCGAUUCAAAUCUUUGUACACACAUAGUCUAUGGUUUCGCAGUUCUGGAUCGUGAAAGCUUGACUAUCAAGACGCAUGAUUCGUGGGCCGAUAUCGAUAAUCAAUUCUACGAACGAGUGGUGGAACACAAACGAAAGGGUACAAAGGUAACGUUGGCUCUUGGUGGAUGGAACGAUUCGCUUGGCGAUAAAUACAGUAAACUUGUUCGAAGUUCAUCUGCUAGACGUGCGUUCGUCAAGCAUGCGGUGGAGUUUAUCGAAAAAUACGACUUUGAUGGUCUAGAUCUGGAUUGGGAGUAUCCUGUAUGUUGGCAGGUAGACUGUAAGAAAGGUUUCCCCGAUGAAAAAGAAGGCUUUGCAGAGCUAGUUAAGGAACUGGCUGUAGAAUUCCGUCCUAGGAAAUGGCUGCUAUCAGCAGCUGUAUCACCCAGUAAAAUGGUGAUUGACGCAGGUUAUGACGUGCCUGUUUUGGCAGAAUAUUUCGACUGGAUUGCAGUUAUGACUUACGAUUUCCAUGGCCAUUGGGAUAAACAAACUGGUCACGUGGCCCCACUGUACUACUAUCCUGGAGAUACGUAUGAUUACUUCAAUGCAAACUUCUCCAUCAAAUAUUGGAUCGAAAAGGGAGCUCCAUCGCGAAAGUUGGUCAUGGGAAUGCCUUUGUAUGGACAAUCAUUCUCCCUCGCUGAUAGCGGCAAGAAUGGCUUGAACGAAAAAUCUUAUGGACCAGGUGAGGCCGGUCAAUUUACUCGAGCUGGUGGGUUCUUAGCGUUUUAUGAAAUCUGCGAGAAAGUCAAUCAAAACGGAUGGUCAGUGUAUCGUGAUGGCGAAGGACGUAUUGGGCCGUAUGCACUGCGUGGAAACCAGUGGGUAUCAUAUGAUGAUGUCGAUGAAAUCCGUAGAAAGUCACAGUUCGUGAAACAGAUGAAUCUCGGUGGUGGAAUGAUUUGGGCUCUGGAUUUGGAUGACUUUAGGGGACGCUGCGGUUGCGGUAGACACCCACUACUGAAAACGAUGAAUCAGGAACUGGGAAGGAUCAGUACUAAACGACCGGAAAAUUGCACAUAACUAUUGUUUUUAUUUGAUUUUUUUAAAUGAAGAGCAACUUCGUAAUGCAUACGAGUGAAUGUACCAUUAAAAGAAAAGAACUGAAAUAAACGUAACAAUUUAAUAAAAAGUAAA